UUAUGCCACCAUUGCAGACCUAUUUAUCUUUGCACUAUCCUUCUGAAAAUGGUAGAACAUCAACUAUUUUGUUACAUACUUGAAGAAAGAGAAAAACAUGGGAGGACCUGUUUUUUGGGUGAUUUUCAUAUACUCUUUCAUGGGUGUCCAUGGAGUUGAAGUUGGAGACUCUAGUCAUAUUCAAAAGAAACUUCAAUCUCCUUCAGAGGAACAACAGCCUUACAGGACUGCCUACCACUUCCAGCCUCCUAAAAACUGGAUGAAUGAUCCAAAUGGACCAAUGUACUACAAGGGAAUUUACCAUUUAUUCUAUCAAUACAAUCCAUAUGCUGCUGUAUGGGGUAACAUUUCAUGGGGUCAUUCAGUGUCAUAUGAUCUUAUCAAUUGGAUUCUUCUUGAAUAUGCUAUUAAUCCAACAGACCCUUAUGACAUCAAUGGGUGCUGGUCUGGUUCUGCCACAAUCCUCCCGGGGGAGAAACCUGUUAUUCUAUACACAGGAGAUGACUUUAAGAAACACCAAGUUCAAAACUUGGCAGUGCCCAAAAAUUUAUCAGAUCCACUCCUUAUUGAAUGGGUAAAAUCGGAUCAUAAUCCUUUGAUGACCCCAGUUGGCGAUAUUGAUCCAAAUUUUUUCAGAGACCCAACGACUGCUUGGCAGGGGCCAGACAGAAUUUGGCGUGUGGUCGUUGGAAGCCAGAUUGAUGGUCAUGGAAUGGCACUUCUAUAUCGAAGUAAGGAUUUCAUCAAUUGGACAAGGAGUCAAGAUCCUCUUCAUUUCUCGCUUAAAACAGGAAUGUGGGAGUGUCCUGAUUUCUAUCCUCUUGAUAUUAAAGGAGAAAAUGGACUUAACUCAUCGGUGCAAGGUAGAGCUACUAAGCAUGUGCUUAAGGCUAGCUUUAAUGACCAUGACUAUUACAUAAUAGGAGACUAUGAACCCCAAACAGACAGUUUUGAACCCCAAACUGACUUCAUGGAUAGUAGUUUCCAAUUGAGAUAUGAUUAUGGAAAUUUUUAUGCUUCCAAAACAUUUUAUGACAGCUCCAAAAAGAGGAGGAUAUUGUGGGGAUGGAUAUUAGAGGCUGAUAGUAAAACAGAUGACAUCAACAAAAAAUGGUCUGGACUUCAGUCCAUGCCAAGAAGAAUUUUGCUGGAUAAAAAUGGGAAGCAGUUAAUACAAUGGCCAAUCAAAGAAAUUGAAAAACAACGUGCAGAAAGAGUUAAUUACCAAAACAAAGAGCUUAAGGGUGGAUCUGUAUUCGAAAUUGAAGGUGUCAUGGCUGCACAGGCUGAUGUAGAAGUCUCAUUUGAUUUGCCAAAUUUUGAAGAGGCAGAGUUUAUGGAAUCUCAAUUUGUCGAUCCCCAAUUGCUUUGUAGCCAAAAGAAUGCAUCUACGAGAGGGGUUAUUGGGCCGUUUGGUUUGUUGGUUUUGGCUUCAAAGGACUUGACUGAACGAACUGCUAUCUUCUUCAAGAUAUUCAAAGGCCACGACAAGUAUGUUGCACUCUUGUGUAGUGAUCAAAGCAGGUUGGUAUUUAACUUGACCAAAUGCCAAUUACCAAGUCAUGUAUAUCAUGAUUCUUCUCUUUGAACUUUAGAAAAUUUUACACAGGUCUUCUUUCAGAGAAGAGAUUAACAAAACCACCUUUGGAGCUUUCAUUGAAAUAGACCCUCAUCGUGAGAAUAUUUCAUUGAGAACCUUGGUAUGUUACCCUCAAGCUUAUUACACUUGUGGUGUUAGAUCAAUACGCAGUGAUAUGACUUAUAAGAAGACUAGUCCUCUUAAUUUUCACAGAUAAAGAGUCGUCGUUGGAUUUUCAUCCCUCUUUUUUUCUUCUUGUGUGUUUUUAUAAUUAAUGACAGCUAUAGCCUAUGCUAUUGCAAUAGUGAAACUAAUCUGGGGUCAUUUUCUUGGUAGCAUAGACAUUUUUUUAUCGAUAUUCUCUGGAUUUGUUUAAAAACUUGCAAUGUUGUUGAAAGCUCCUUCCAUUUUUGCGUCAGCCUUGAAUUAAUUCACUCGUAUUGUAGACUAACCAACCCGUCUGUUUCAUUUUGCCAUUUCCUAUGGCUGGAUCUCCACUCAAGCAUGAGAUUUUCGAGUUGGAUUCUAUAGAAUUAUGCAGUAAUUGCUUUGAAAGUAACAAUGGAAAACAACCUUGUGUUUUCCAUUUGCUGCAAGUUGUUAUGAUCAAACUACAUUUCAUGUGGCUGAUGUAUAUAUCAUGUUACUAUCUGCGAGACGCUACAAGCCCUUGUGAAAAUGUAAUUGUAUCAUGUUACUUGAUUCUAGUCUUAGUUCCCCUGUGAAAAUCUUACUUGAUUCUGUUCAUUUCUACUGUUCUUCAUAUUAGUUUUUGACCAUUUUUAUAUCUUCACAAUUUUUCUUCCUGUUGAAGCACAAGAUGACUCACUAUUGAACCAAGAACUCGAAAAACUGAAUUAUGAUAAGCUUUUGAAUGUUGGUUUUUACCAACUACCUUAUAGAAAAACUUAAAGAGGCAUAUACAUCAAAGUUUGACAUGAAUCUGAAUGAAUGACAUGUAAAGAUCUUCUUUCUUGGUUCAUUAACAUCCUUUCUGUUUAUGUUCCUUUUGCAGAUAGACCAUUCUAUUGUUGAAAGUUUUGGUGAUGAAGGAAGGGCGUGCAUCACUGCAAGAGUUUAUCCAGAGUUGGCUAUUGGUGAAGAAGCCCACCUUUAUGCAUUUAACUAUGGCUCUCAAAGUGUGACUAUCACAAGUCUCAGCGCUUGGAGCAUGAAGGCAGCUCAAAUCGCUCCGAUUCAAAAAAGAAGACGACCUCCAGUGACUUGACAAUCGUAAUGAGUGAUGGAAUAAAAACUGAAACUAAUAAAGUUUGUUCAGAUUUUCAUCUGCUCAAGUGUGCGUGAGGAGGGGAGAGAGAGAGAGAGAGAGAGAGAGAGAGGUCAAUAGAUACUUUUUUGGGGGAGAGGGAGAGGGAGAGGGAGAGGAGUAACUAUUGGGUGUAAUGGUGAUACCAUUGUCACCAUUGUCAUGUCCUGCCACCAUCCUAUAAUAAACUUGUAAGUGGACAACGUGAAUAUUAACUAUAUAUCUCACUUGUUCUGUUUUCGCUUUCCGAUUAUGCCAAAUAACAUCAUGUAUGUUCACAAAAGGCUAUACAAACGAGGCGACAGUUAUGCUUUAGUCUAGAAGUUUUAG